UUCCUGUCGCGGCCGUCAUCAGAGAGGAGCAGCCAUGGCCCUGCGCUACCCCAUGGCCGUGGGCCUCAACAGGGGCCACAAGGUGACGAAGAACGUGAGCCAGCCGAGGCACAGCCGGCGGCGCGGGCGCCUCACAAAGCACACCAAGUUCAUGCGGGACAUGAUCCGGGAGGUGUGCAGCUUCGCGCCCUAUGAGCGGCGCGCCAUGGAGCUGCUGCUCAAGGGGUCCAAGGACAAGCGCGCGCUCAAGUUCAUCAAGAAGCGGGUGGGCAUGCACGUACGCACCAAGAGAAAGCGGGAGGAGCUGAGCAACUUGCUGGCCGCCAUGAGGAAGGCGGCGGCCAAGAAGGAUCGUUAUUGGCAACUGUGGGAAACAGAACUUUCGUCUAACAACUUCAUCAUCAUCACUCUGGAAACCCCAGGCACAACCCAUGCUUGA